UUUACAAUCAGCCACCUAUCGGGAUUACAAGGUGGUGCCUAGCAUCCAAGAAGACUCUGGUGUGCUCUGAUAAGAUUCCUGGAUCGCCGGGCACAUUGCCAGCGAGCGCUGURGUUUCCAUAUCAAGUAUCCUAAUUACGUGUGAAUGAACAUCUGAUAAAGUCCUUGAAUAAGAAAAGAAAGAAGGAAAAAGGCGGAGGUUUUCCACAAAAAGUGGUUAGAGCUYAUUCAUCACUAUCAUGUCUAAACGAACUAAUGACAAAACUGGGCUUGCAUUUUCUGGUGGUGGUGUACGGUCAGCUGCAAUCUGCUCUGGUGUCCUGCGCCGUAUGCUCCAAAAACAGRUCUCCAUCGAUUACCUGAGCUGUGUUUCCGGAGGGGGGUACACAGGGGCAUCGUAUCUUGACUGGAAAUAUCGCAACGAAAACAGAGAUGACCCAUCCUGGCAUAAAGAAUACUUUGAUCACCUUCUUACCCAUAGUAAUCCAUUCUGUGACUGCAGAAACCCUUGUGUGGCAAUACUAGAUGCAUUAAUAUUAGUCAUACUGGUCUUCGUCGUUUCUCUCGUUCUCCCCUGGGUAUCCGCCUUCACGUUUGCCAUCCCAACGGCUUAUAUAGUGGAUUUCUUCUUUGGCGACAUUCUUCGCCUUCCAUUCACUUGCCCUGACGAGAAGACCAAMAAUUUCACUAGUUCUGAGAUAGUUGAUAAUCCAAAUACCAUCGUACAACUUACGCUCAAUAAUGGAAGUGCCGAAUGCGUGCCUAAAUUUGGCCCUCACAUGUACAAGACUAUCUCACUUUUUACUUCCAUCUUGGUAGCAUUCCUUCUGUUUUACUUCCUCAAGAAUUUGCUAGAACGACGUCGUACACUGUACUAUAUUUUUCGUCUUUUCUCCAACUUCAGUGGGUUUACUUUGGCCAUGACGUUUUUACCCUGGUUUAUUGAGGAAUACGUUGUUGUCACUCCGAUGUGGGUCAAUGCUCUGAUCAUCGUAUUUAGCAUCUUUAUCUGGCUUGGAUUCCCACCCCUCAGAGAUAAGGCAUCCUUGGCCUUGAUUGUYUAUUUCUACGCAUAUGCUGUUAAGUGGAGAGUCUACAAGACUCCUAUCUUAGGCAUCGAGUACUCACGCCUGACUUUUUGGAUCAUGCUCUGGAUUUGUGGUGUUCUCCUUUGGUUGCACCCGUUCAUUGGAUUGCUGCAGCAGAAUGCUGUUCAUCUGUACAAUGCGUGGAGACUUCAUAAGUCGUUCUUCUCUCCAGAGAGCGCGAGAACACCUGGAGAUAUCUGUGCGGACAUCAUUCCCUGGGCCGGCUACUGCUGCCCAUCGAAAGAAGAAAAACUCAACAAACCACUGACGCUGCAAGACAUCGUCGAUAUCCAACCCGAAUAUAAAUGCAACGUCACUGCUCAUYACUGGUAUAAGUCGGAGAAGAAACAGGGAAAAGACUUCGAGCUUCUUAUCCUGUCCCCAACAGUAAUCGAACGUCUUGACCGUGAUCCACUGGAUGAAGAGUUCGAAGGUACCGAGUUCAUUGGACCAGCAGAAAUAAAGUUGUCCUCAGCCAUGGCAACAUCUGCAGCAGCGUUAUCUUACGACCUUGGAAAUCUAGAGAACGUCAAUAAACCGUUCCGUGACUUACAAAUUGUCCUUGGAUUGGGCCUAGGGAAGAACCUUGUGGUACAACCAUCACUAAGGAACGUCAACUGUUUUGUGCGCGCUCUUCCGCUAAUCAUUCAGUUCCUUAUGGCAGUUCCGUUGCUUGCCCUACCGUUUCUACAAUACUUUGGUGGUGGACCAAUUUGGGAGGAAGUAGGUGUGAUUGCAUUCAUGACGGUAUUCUUCCUUUUGACGUUGAUUUCCUUGCUUCCAACCGGCUCGAAAAACCCAGGAUGUUUUGAAAAACUUAUAAGGUGGUGUAUAAUCAACGUCUACCAUGUGAGAUUUAUGCGCAAAGUCAUAGGCGUCACGAAUGCUGGCCCAAGACCCCCUGCAGUCGUGCACUUGAGCGACGGAGGUCACAUAGAGAACCUAGCCGUACUCCCUCUACUCAAACUAAGACUGUCUCGAAUCGUUGUUGUCAAUGGUGGUUUCUUGGAGCCUGGAACUACCUAUGCUACAGAUCUCCUGGCGCUACUUCAACAGGCACGUGAUAAGCUGCGAUGCUCCUUCACGGGAAUCGACGGACGAGACAUUGCUGAGGACGUGCGCGARAAGUUUGUCGAACCACCUUCCGGAAAACAACCGAGAUGUUAUCGCUUUCUCGUCCACUACUACGARAAAGAUAACAAUGAGACAAGAAAGGUCGGGCAAGGAGAGAUARUACUUCUGUCCCCGAGACACCCCGAUGACGGAAUCGUCCAGUUCGAGGACUAUAAAUGGAAGGACUUCAGUGAUAACCACGUGACACUCGACCUUGACGAGUCGGACUGGGGACCAGGACCGUAUCUGAARGCCUCGGAGGUUGAUCGCCUGGCAGGUUGYUGUUGUGAAUGCUGUCACUGGGGUCUCUURCGAUGUCUGCUUAAAGGUAUUAGUGGAAGAUUUCCGUUCACUCCGACUUCCAAYCAACUCUAUACACCGGCUAUGUUCAGCGCCUACCACAGAGAAGGCUAUCGCGCAUGCGUGGAGGCAGAGGCCGAUAAAUUUUUAAGUGGACAAACCGACCAAUAAACUUUGAAAAUAUUAUGCAAGCGAUAGGCAAAAUGAUCCAGUCAAAUAGGAGUAAACUUAAAUGAUACGUUAUGGGUUAAACGAGGUAAAACUGACGUAAAAAUGUAAUGAAAAAAGACUUUGGAGAAAAUGAAACUGAACCCUUUCUGGUGUAAUGUCGGUAGCCUGAGUGUGACCUUCUUAACCCUCACCUUAAUGUGUACUUAUAGAGGGAAUAUCUUUGACAGAAAUAGAUAUUACUAGAUAAAUGGGAUAAUGGGAAUUGAUAUUCAAAGGAAAAAAGAAACAUAACAGUCCAAAUCUAACACCGGCCGACAUAGCUUGGGUUAUCCAAGGGAUUAAAAAUAAUUAUAAACUUUAUGUUAAUUAUAACUUCAGUAGUGUCAGUGGUAUUAAAGUUAAUGUCAACAAAAA